AUGGUGUUACUACAAAAGACAUCUUCCUCCUUUUCCUCCUCCUCCUUUUCUUCCUCCUCCAUCUCAUCAUCAUCAUCAUCAUCAUCAUCAUCAUCAUCAUCAUCAUCAUCAUCAUCAUCAUCAUCAUCAUCAUCAUCAUCAUCAUCAUCAUCAUCAUCAUCAUCAUCAUCAUCAUCAUCAUCAUCAUCAUCAUCAUCAUCAUCAUCAUCAUCAUCAUCAUCAUCAUCAUCAUCAUCAUCAUCAUCAUCAUCAUCAUCAUCAUCAUCAUCAUCAUCUUCAUCUUCCUCCUCCUCAUCAUCUUCCUCCUUAUUUUCAUCCGAAUCAUCAUCAUCCUCAUCCUCAUCAUCAUCCUCAACAUCAUUCUCAUCCUCACCCUCAUUCUUCUUCUCCUCUUCCUCCUUUUCCUCCUCCUCCUCCAUCUCCUCCUCCUCCUCCUCCUCCUCAUCAUCAUCAUCAUCAUCAUCAUCAUCAUCAUCAUCAUCAUCAUCAUCAUCAUCAUCAUCAUCAUCAUCAUCAUCAUCAUCAUCAUCAUCAUCAUCAUCAUCAUCAUCAUCAUCAUCAUCAUCAUCAUCAUCAUCAUCAUCAUCAUCAUCAUCAUCAACAACACCAUCAUCAUUAGCAGCAGCAGCAUCAACAGAUGGUCUGAUUUACCUGAACUUCUAA